CCUGCAGUAACCCUGUGCUGCGGCGCUGCCGCCUGGCCAGCAGGGGGCGGUGUUGCUUCACGCUUUCCAUUUGACGUAGGAAGUGGGAGGAUUGGCGCGAGCUCCAAACGAAUUUUGAAUUCCUGUUGCUUCAGACCGUUUGUGGCCGGCGGACCGAGCAGCUUUUGUUUUUAGGGGCUCAAAUCGUGGAUUACGGGACAGCAGCCGCCGCCGGGAUGUCUUGGGACUUUUUUGUACCGGUGUACGUGGGGGACCUGGUGAAGACAGGAGGGAUCAAUCAGUACGUCGUUCAAGACGUGGUCUCCCCAAAACAUCUGCCAUCCAGUCUCAGUAGAUUCAAGGCAGCCUUGAGAAGCCAGGGUCCUGUGUGUAUAUUGGAACACUUUGACACAGGCUACAGUGUGCUACAGCACUACAAUUCAGUGGAUCUGGCUGUGAAAGAAGAUGCUCUGGAAUUGUUGAUACAAGUGGUCAGUGGCCUGUCCACUUCUCUCCCGGCACUCCUGGUCUCCACUACCCUGUCAGCAGCAGAGCGCAAAGAGAAACUUAAUGCAGUCAAAAUGAGUGUCUUCUUGCUCUGCAAACUCACAGAGAGCCUCGAGAGUGAGUCAUAUAGACAAAGCAUUGUCACAGCACCUGGGAAGAGUGGUAAAAAAGGAAAAAGUAGUGAAGGACUGCAGCAAUGGGACUCGGAGAGAGAGACGGUACUCCAAGCCCUCGUGCAGCUCCUUCAGCUGGAUAUCCGUUCCCUCUGGAACCUUUCACUGGUUGAAGAAGAGUUCAUCAGCUGUGUGAGCUGCUGCUGCUACAAGCUCCUUGAAAACCCAACUAUCGGCCACGUAAAGAGCAAACCCACCAGAGACAGCAUCAUCCACCUGCUGGGGUUACUUAUCAAGAAGUACAACCACCUCUUGGGCGCGAGUGUGAAAGUGAUCCAGCUGUUGCAGCACUUUGAGCAGUUGUCAUCCGUGUUUGCUCAAGCUGUGUCUGUGUGGAGCACCGAAUAUGGAAUGAGAGCGAUCAUCGGAGAAGUAAUCAGAGAGAUUGGGCAGAAGUCGAGUGAGGAGCUUGCCAGAGAGGGGUCAGGGGUCAAGUCUUUUGCCACCUUCCUUUCAGAACUCGGCACCCUUGUGCCCGAACUAAUGAUCCCCUACAUUAGUGUCCUCAUCACACAUUUGGAAGGAGAGAGCCAUUCGAUGCGUGUCGCCGUCUGUGAGGUGCUGGGAGAGAUCCUGGUGCGGGUCCUGUGUGGCGACGGGCUCGACGAGACGGGUAAAGCAGACCGCGAUCGCUUCUUCGACACGCUGCAGGAGCACCUGCACGACACGCAUUCUCACGUCAGAGCGCGCGUGCUGCAGGUCUACACACGCAUCGUCAACAGCAAAGCUCUGCCUCUCACUAAGUAUAGUGAAGUGAUGGAGCUCGCUGUCGGCCGGCUGAUGGACAAAUCUAUAAAUGCGGUGAAGAGCGCAAUCCAGCUGCUGGCAGCCUUCAUAGCACACAAUCCUUACAGCUGCAAGCUCAGCAGUGCAGACCUGAAGAAACCGCUGGAGAAAGAGACGGCGAAACUCAGAGAAAUGAAAGAAAAAUUAGGGGGGCAAAGACCAGUGGCCGUGAUCAAAGCCUCUGAGCUGUGGGCAGCCAUGGAGCCUGAGCUCCUUGUUACUGUCAGGACAGAGCUUGAGCCCACAGGUGACGCUGAGGAAGAGCAGCACGAGGAUGAGGAGGACGGGGAUGUGGAGGAAGAGGAGGCAGAGGAUCCCCGAGCAACCGCAGUGAAGAUUGCUCAGUACCUCCGUGUCAACAAAUACAGGAAUGCCGUUAAGCUUUGUAUUAGAGCUCACAGCAGCUUCCCAGAGUCGGAGAUGUUUUCCUCUCUGUCCACACUCACCUCGGGGAAUCUAAUGGACACUCUGGCUCUGAUUUUUAAAGGCUCUGAUGAGGAUGCCUCCGAAGUGAGCCAGAAUCUACCGCCGACGCCACAGAAAGAAGGUGAGAAGGAAGCCGACGGCGAGCUGAAGAAGCAGGAGAUGUUGGUGCAGUACCUGAAAGACACGGAAACCUUCGCCUUACAAGUGGAGAGAGCGAUCUCUGUCAUCAACACCAUGCUCUACUGGAAAACAACCUCAGUGGUCCAGGAGGCGGUGCAGUUCUGUGUGACUGUGUGCGAGUUCAGUGUUGCGAACUCGGUCAGCGGAGUGAGGAGAAUGCUUCCUUUGGUCUGGUCCACUGACGCCGCCAUUAAAGACGCUGUCGUUCAGGCCUACAGACGCCUGUAUCUGAACCCUCAAGGAGACACCGUCAGGGUGAAAGCCCAGACUCUGGUCGACAGCCUCUCUGAGCUGAUAGUGGACGCCUCCCUGGGAACAAUACAAUGCCUUGAAGAAAUUGUGCAGGAGUUCUUCAGCAGUUCCAGCAGCCUCCAGUCCACGGUAAUCCAGGUGUUGUGGGAGAGAUUUACCGGUAAACGGGAAACCUCGGGACUGAACAAACGAGCUGCAGUGCUACUGCUGGGCAUGGCUGCACGGGCGGAGAGGGAGGUGGUGCUCAGCAAUCUGGACACUCUUUGUUCAGUGGCUCUGGGAGAAAAAGUGACUGAAGACUUCCUUCUGGCCAGAGACACAGUUAUCACCAUCUGCAGCAUCACUGACCAUGUCAGGCAGUCAAAAAGCGCCCCGUUCAGACUGCCUCAGGACCACCAGCUGUUCACGUGCCUCACUCAGGCCAUCGCUGAAGGUGUUGUGAUGGAAGACCCUUACUGGCAAAGCUUCAUGGAGCAGGCGGUCCGUCUCGUCUACUUCCUGGCUGAGUCCCCCGACCAGCUGUGCUCGCGGCUGCUGCAGCGGAGCGCUCGACUCCUACUGGAUCAGAUUGCAGAAGGUGGCGAAGUCAAUCGGGAUGUUGGCCAAACACAAGAUGGAUCCCAAGAGUCCAGCGAACAGGGGGAACAAGUGAGCUGUGUGUGUCUGGCCCAGCUGCUGGCUCUGUGCGGCUGCGUGGCGUUCUGGCAGGUGUCUCACCUCGAGCGCAGCGUGAGCGCCGAGCUGCGGAGGAGGAGAGGAGAGACGGAGGAGAGGGAAGAAAAAGAGAAGGGACCAGGAAGUAAAGCAAAGCAAGCGGCCAAUGAGAGCACCAUGGAGGAGGAACUGGGGUUAAUCGGCGCCUCUGCUGAAGAUACAGAAGCCGAGCUCAUAAGAAAGAUCUGCGAGACAGAAUUGCUGGCAGAGGAGAACCUGCUGAGUGCAUUCCUUCCCUUGCUGGUGAGAGUCUGCAGCUCACCAGGACGUUACUCCCACCCUCAGCUCACCACGGCUGCCUGCCUGGCCCUCUCUCAGUACAUGAUGAUCAGCCCUUCGGCUUGUGAAGAGAACAUCCGUCUCAUGUUCACGGUGCUGGAGCGCUCCGCUCUGCCUGUGGUCCGAGCCAAUGCCAUCAUCGCCCUCGGAGACCUGACUGUACGUUUCCCUAAUAUUUUGGAGCCCUGGACGCAGAACCUCUACGCCAGGCUGAGCGACGAAGUUCCCUCAGUGCGGCAGACAGCCGUGACAGUCCUCACCCAGCUGGUGCUUAAGGACGUGCUCAAGGUCAAAGGUCAAGUCAGCGAGGUGGCCGUGCUGCUGAUUGACCCCGAGCCGCACAUCACCAGCCUGGCCCUGAACUUCUUCAACGAGCUGGCCGCAAAGGACAACGCCAUCUACAACCUGCUGCCAGACAUCAUCAGCCGCCUGUCCGACCCGGAGAGAGGCAUGAGCUCCGAGGACUUCAACACCAUCAUGAAACAACUGUUCUCCUACAUCACCAAAGAGAGACAGACGGAGUCUCUGGUAGAGAAACUGUGUCAGCGCUUCAGGACUGCCAAGACGGAGCGCCAGUGGUGCGACCUGGCCAUGUCCCUGUCUCUGCUGUCCAUGUGCGAGCGAGGCUUCAAGAGGCUGCAGGAAUGCUGGGAGUGCUACAGCGACAAGCUGACCGAGCCAGGCGUCUACCAGCCUCUGCUCUCCAUCACCGCCAAGCUCCGCCGGGGAGCCAAGCCACAGUUUAAGGGUCAAGUGGACGAGUUUGAGAAGCGUCUCACUGCAGUCCACACUCGAGGGCUGGAGAACGUCGAAAGCCCCGAGAUGGACGAGGAGAACCAGAAGGCAGGAAGCUCCACCGAGAAGACGGCCAUGCGGACGCCGCUGCCCACCCGAGGCCGGCAGAAGUCAAAGAGAGGCCAGUCUAAGGCGUCGGUUUCCAGCCAGGGAGACGACAGUUUUGUGACGCCUCGGAAAACUCGCAAGUCCAAGAAGCCUGUGAUCACCUUCAGCAGCGAUGAAGACGAGGACGAAGAGGAUGCCGUGAUGGCCGAGAGCGAGACGCCUAAAGUGACGACACCCAUCGCACGCACGUCCCGAAGAGCGCGCCUCAGGAACUGAUUUUUUUUUUUUUACUUUAUUUUUAAUAUUUUUCUUCUUUUUUUUUUAAUGCUUUUACUUCAUUUAUGCUUGUUUUUUUAAGUGUUAGUACUUAGCA